UCACUAUUGCCUUAAUCUCAUGCCAACAUGUGGAGACCCUUGAGAAAGACAGAGGGAACCCCGUCUACCUGGGACUGAAUGAGCACAAACUGCCUGAUGUGUGCUAAGGUCGGAGAGCAGCCUGCACUGCAGCCGAAGGAACAGGAUAUAAUGGAUUUGUGUGACGAACCCAAGCCUGUGAAGCUGUUUCUCUUCUACCACAUUCAGAGUGGCAGAAGCUCCACCUUUGAGUCUGUGGCCUUCCCUGGCUGGUUCAUUGCUGUCAGCUCUGAAGGAGGCUGUCCUGUCAUCCUUACCCAAGAACUGGGGUUGGCCGACACCACUGACUUUGAGGUUAACUACACUGUCUUAAGACCUGUGGGAUGA